AUGAAGGAAACCAGGGUAAUCCUGAAUGAUCUAAAUAACCAGAAGCGUGACUUGCUGGCCUCCAUUGAGGACCAACACUCCAUCUUAGCCCGGUAUCACCUGGACACUGAGAAGGAAGAACGAACCUUACAAGAUGUUCGAGCAAGCAUUGAUAAGAGCCGGACUGACCUGAAGCACACCUUAGAGAUGAUUCAGCUAGAGAAGACUGAGCUGGAGGCAUUGAGGCUACAGCAUGAGAGCAAGAUGGGUGACUUGGAAAAGACACAGCUAGCUGCCUUGCAGGAAAAGGCUGAGUUGGAAACGCUGCAAGUAUCUUGCAAGGAGAAGCACGCUCAGGUGGAACGAAUCCAAAAGCAGCUUAAUCUACAACGACCUGAAAAGGAGCGACUAACUACUGAACUUUCAGCCAUGGAAGCUAGAGCAGUUGUACUGCAUAGAGAGGAAGAGGGAUUAGAGGAAAAGUGUAGAGAGUGGGAUAGCAAAGUUGUUCAGCUUGCAAAGUAGGUGAUAUUUAAAAAAUGUUUACCAUGACUUAUUGAUAUAUCAAAAGAGUAGCUUGUCAGAAUUUCAAAUUUCAGAAUGGUUGACGGAAAGACCUGUUCCUACACUGGACGUUGGGCUAUUCCACUGAAAUUACAAACCACUAUUAAAAGAGCAACAGUGUCCCCACUUUGGACAUUUUGACAAGUGCAAAAGGUGUAUACACUUGUAAUAUGAGAGCUACCUUGUGGGGUACUCGCCAGAGUUGCUGACUCGAGUCAUGUGACUUGGACUCGAGUCGGA